AUGAAAUCAAAAAAGCCACCUGAUCCCUCGAAACUAUACCACCGCCGAAUUAUGAACAGGAUUUCUGCUGAUGCAUCACGGACUAAGAGACAAGAAAUGAUGCAGCAGCUGUGCAGUCGUAAUAUUCAGCUUGAAGUGGAAAACUCAAUUCUUAGACGCAAGCUCCAAGAAUUAACGGCAGCAUCUGCUUGUGAUGUUGCCGAAAAAUCUUUUAUUUCGAACGCUGUUAAAGAUAUCAACGAUUUUAAGCUUGAAGGAAACGGGAUUGAAAUUCUCGUUAGUACCGCUCCCAUGAAGAGGCUGGCCUACCACCACAGUUUUUGA